UCCCUCUGCCCUUCUGCCUGUGGACGGAAGUCCCUGCUCAGUGACCAGGAUGGGCGGCCGGUUCCUGCGGCGGCUGCUGGCAGAGGAGAGCCGGCACUCCAGCCCCGUGGGACGCCUCCUGCUUCCUGUGCUCCUGGGAUUCCGCCUGGCGCUGCUGGUGGCCGGUGGACCUGGGCUGUUUGGCGACGAGCAGAGUGAAUUCGAAUGCAACACCCAGCAGCCAGGCUGCAAGGCCGCCUGCUUCGAUGCCUCCCACCCCAUCUCCCCGCUGCGCUUCUGGGCCUUCCAGGUCAUCCUGCUGGCGGUGCCCAGUGCCCUCUACCUGGGAGUCACUCUGCAUCAUGUGGUCGCACGCUGGGAAGAAGCGGGAAAGGGGAAGGAGGAGAAGGAAGCCCUGAUCCAGGAUGGGGAGCACAGCGGGGCCGCCCCAGGGGCUGGAAGCCUCCGGCUACUCUGGGCCUACGUGGCCCAGCUGGGGGCGCGGCUGGUGCUGGAGGGGGCUGCCCUGGGGCUGCAGUGCCGCCUCUAUGGGCUCCACAUGCCCAGCCACUUUGGAUGCCGUGCAGAGCCUUGCCCCCAUGAGGUGACCUGCGUCCUCUCCCGGCCCUCAGAGAAGACCAUCUUUCUCAAAGCCAUGUUUGGGGUCAGCGGGCUCUGCCUCUCGUUUACUCUCUUGGAGCUUGUGCUUCUGGGUCUGGGAAGGUGGCGCCAGGCCCGAGGGAAGUUCCCGGGUGGGACCUCGUCUCCCAGUCACGCCCUUGAUCUGGGCAGCACAAGCAACAGUCAGCAGACACUUUGAAGUUCUGCCUGGCCAGAGAUCCGUUCCUUCCCGGAGACGCUGACCUCGCAGUCCUGUGGAAGAAGGAUCAUGUUUCCUGGUCGCCGCACCCGUGCCGGUGGCCAGGUGGGCUGUGGUUUCAGAAAGGGUGGCUGACCUGUCUCCUCCGGCCUGCAGCCGGCCACAGAGGUUCCACUGGGAGGGCGUCCUCCCUGUGCCAAGGUGAGAAAGUAGCCCUAUCGCCAGGGAACUGGGGUUACGACGGACCUUCACGAGUGCACUUAGCAGAGCAGCCCUUCCCUUCCCCUGCCUUUGCAUCUGCCCAUCAUCUCCUGGCGACUCCCCCAGAAAUCUGUGUUUUCAGGCCAGAUGCCCUCCGUCCCGUCAUCUUUUUCUAUAAUUCACCAUUCUUCUUAAAGAUGAUAAAAGCGUCUUCCUUUACCUCUCCUUCAGACUUCAUUUUCUUGUGAAGAUUCCCAGGUGCAUGUAACAAUAAAUAGUGUGUGCUUUUCUCUUUUGAAUGA